CCAACAGCCAUGAUCCGAGCUCUUCUUCUCCUGGGAGUCUGUGCCUCCACAAUCUACUGUAGUGGAUAUAGACCUGGUGGUAUCAUAGGUGGUGGACACGGUGGAGGACACAUCAAAGGUGGAGGAAUCGGAGGAAUCAUCAGAGGAGGAAUCGGAGGAAUCAUCAGAGGUGGCGGAAUUCCUUCUGGUCACAUUGGUGGUGGCAGUUCGUGGAGCCAGCAGUCCUCCUGGCAGUCUGGUGGUGGUCAGGGCGGUAUAAUUGGUGGACAUUCUGGAGGCAUUAUUCCGGGAGGUUCCGGGGGAAUUAUCGGAGGUGGUCAUGGGGGAAGUGGAUGUGGACCUCACGGAUGUAAAAACUACGGACGUAAAUAGAUUGCUCUCAAGGAAGAUAUGUUCAUUAAUUUAUUUAUUUAUUACAAAAUCAGUAUUAUCUACC